AUGGCUGACCCGCUGCUGACGUCCCUCUGUGGCAUCUGUCACAUGAGAGAACCCAAAUACAAGUGCCCCAAGUGCGGCGCAAAGACCUGUUCCUUGCCUUGCGUAAAGAAGCACAAGACGUGGUCCUCGUGCAGCGGCGAACGCGAUCCUACCGUUUUUAUCCCCGCCACCAAGCUGCGCACCGACGCCGGCAUCGAUCACGAUUACAACUUCCUCACCAAGAUCGAGCGCAAGGUCGAGCAGGUCGAGAAGGUCUUCACCGAAGAGCGAGGUAUCCUCCCACAACGUAACCAAGGGCCUCCGCCAAACAAACGGGCGCGGCUCCAGAACGGCCAGGGCAGAGGCGCGACCACCUUCAAGGAUACUUUGCGGCCAUGGGCAAGGAUGGCUCUUCCUCGGUUGAGGAAGCUCGAGAUCAACAUGAUGUACCAGCCUCAAGGCAUGAGUCGCGAGAGAGAAAACAAGACCAGCUACAGCUCGAGAACGAAGAAGAUCAAUUGGCAGGUCGAAUGGCUGAUCUUGGACGACCCCAAAGGCGACGAGAACCGUCCUACAAGGUUCCUCGGCAAGACCAUGGAGACUACGCCCCUAUACAUCGGCUUCGCAGAAUGCCAAGAGUACCAACGCCGGUAUCAUCUGAGCCAGGAAGAGAAGGACAAGGAGAAGAAGGAGGUCAAGGCACGGCGGCGCAUAGAACAACAGGAGGUCCGCAACUGCCAAAACCAGGACGGUCACCAGGUUGCUCAGCAUCCAGGGUCGUCCGAAUGGCGCGAAGCCCCCAAGAUCGCGCAGCACCCUGCCACCUCUUGCUGGAAUAGCGCGGCACCCGAGCGGAAACAGGAGCACAGAGAACAUGUCAGCUCCGCGGACAGGGACAAAUACAAGUUUUUCUUCGGGGUUGCCAACAUUCCAUCCAGAGAGGCCCCGAAACUCAUCCCUGUUGACCCCACGGAGACCCUAGAGUCUAUCCUGGCAGGCGCUGUUGUGGUGGAAUUCCCAACUAUUUACGCUCUGCCCACUGGCCUGGAGUUACCCGAGGGCUAUGCCGUCGAAAAGAGGCGUCAAAAGCAGAGCACCCAACAACCUGACAAGAACCCCAAAAAGCGAAAAGCCCAGGGUCUGGUUGCCCACGAAUCUGACGAGGAUGGUGAAGUUCGUGAGGACGGUGAGGGGGGAGAUGAAGAUCAGGAUGGUAGUGACGCAGGAUUCGAGUUUGACGAUAAUGGAAAACGUGCCGAAUUUUUAGAGGCGGCGGAAGAAGGUAGAAUCGACGAUGACACCACGAGUAGUUCGGGGUCCGACACAACAGACGGUGACUCGGACAUGGAAGUCGAUUAG